AUGAACAUAACAUCAUUUAACACAUUAAAUGUAGAUUAUUGUUCACCCCCCAUACCAAACAAAAUAGAUAAAAUACCAUUAAUCAAAUUACUACAAACAACAGAAUCAAAACAAAUACAAUAUCAAGCAUGCUACAUAGUAGCUGACUUCUUAAUCACAAAAUGCGCUAGCCUUGACGAUGCACAAAUCGUAAGAAAUGGGUACUUUACAGAACUUAUACAAAUAGGUGCAGCACAAUGCGCAGAUGCACACUUGCAACGUUCAUACACAUUUUUUCAAGGCAUAACAGCGAACAAAAUAAAAAUAAACCAAACCAUGUACUUUUCGGAUGUAAUCAAGGGCCAAGUCAACCGAGAUGGAGACUGCACUGGAGAAACAUUCAGAACAGACAAGUAUGAAUGGGACAACGUACUAGUACAAGCAAAAUAUAAAAUACUAUUAUCAGAAGGUAUGGCAACUGCAAAUAGCAGAGAUAACGUCAUAAUACUUCCAACCGGAACUCGUCUAAAACUAUCGGACGGAUACGGAAUCGACUCACAUAAAGGAGAAAUAAUAUGGAAACAUAACCAACAAGAAAAUUGUAACACUAAUGAUUACGACACUCUAUAUGAAGGGCCAGCUACACUAAUAACAUCCAUACAAUCAUAUAACUCAACUACUGAAAUUCAAACAAUUUUAGUAGAAUCGGACAAAAUUGCAUUCGCUCUACGCAAAAUGGGUAUGGACUACGCAUGCCACAUACCAGUUUUUCGAACUGAACAUCCAAGAUUAUUUAUAUUAACCGACCAAGCAAACAUACAUUUUUUCCACACAAAACCAAUCUCGACAUAUAAUACAGAUUUGAUGGCAUACAUAAAUACUAAGUUUGUUUACAUACAAACAUUUACAAGCUUCCAUCACUUCAAUGUAUUUCGAUUUAGUUACAAAACAAUGUAA